ACUCGUCAAGGUCCUUUGUUAUCCGUGCUAGGCCUACAACCGCUCUUCGUCUCCCACAAUACCCCGUUUUUGCACUCGCUUCAGAACACAACAAUAAAUGUCUACUAUCAUCACACCUGUUUCGACGCCUAACGCAUCCUUGGCCAUUGGGCCAUAUUCCCAAGCCAUCAAAGUUGGCGAAUUCGUGUUCGUUUCGGGUUGCAUGCCUAUCGUACCUUCCACGAUGCAGAUAGUCGAAGGUGGUAUCGAGGAGCAAGCCAAACAGGCCCUCGCAAACCUCAAGGCUGUCCUCGAAGCUAGUUCUAGCUCAGUCGGUAAAGUCGUCAAGACUACGGUGUUCCUGAAAAACAUGGACCACUUUGCUACCAUCAACAAGAUUUACGAAGAGUUCUUUAGCGUUUCGGAACACAAGCCUGCACGGUCGACCGUUGAAGUUGCUCGGCUUCCGAGAGAUGUUUUGUUUGAGAUCGAGUGCAUAGGAGUUGCAACCAAGUGAUUCGUAGCUCUUUAUGACGAGAAUUGAUAUGUAAAUCAUUGGAUAUACGCUCGAAAGAGCAUCAGAAUGUACAAAUAGGAAUGGCACUUGUUUUUUUAAGACGCA